AUGCCGGUCAUCCGCUCCCGCCGGAUGGCCCCACUCCUCCAGGUCCUCGCCCUCCUCUACUUUGCCGGGGAUGUCCUCGCCGAGUCCUCUCCAGGACUCCCCAUGGUUAUUAACACCUGGGGUGGCGCUUUUACAGCCGCUACGGACGCGGCGUACGAGGCGCUCCUGAAGUCGGGCACAUCGGCCCUUGACGCGGUCGAGAUCGGCUGCGCGACCUGCGAGCGCAACCAGUGUGAUGGCAGCGUCGGGUUUGGCGGCUCGCCAGAUGAGCAUUGCGAGACCACCCUCGAUGCUAUGAUUAUGGACGGCGUGACCAUGAAGUCCGGCUCCGUUGCCGCUCUGCGACGUGUCAAGAAUGCGAUUGGUGUCGCGCGUCAUGUGCUUGAGUACACCUCUCACACGAUGCUGGCUGGCGAUCUGGCAACAGAGUUCGCCAUUGAGAACGGUUUCACGGCAGAAAACUUGACGACAGAGGCUUCGGCUCAGAGAUGUGCGGAAUGGCGACGGAACAACUGCCAGUCAAACUACAGACAGAACGUCACUCCAGAUCCCAAGUCUGCUUGUGGCCCCUACACGCCUGCUCAGCUUGACUCGAGUUCGCCGGAUUAUUUCAAGCUGAUCGCCCCGAACUCUGCCCAGGCAUCCCAUGACACAAUUUCCAUGAUGGCUUUGGACGCCAACGGCAUCAUGGCGGCGGGCACUUCAACAAAUGGUGCGUCUUUCAAGGUUCCCGGUCGUGUUGGCGACGGUCCGAUAACUGGAUCUGGAUCAUAUGUCGACGGAGAUGUCGGUGCAUGCGGUGCAACUGGGGAUGGAGACAUCAUGAUGCGCUUCUUGCCCUGUUACCAAGCCGUUGAGAGCAUGCGGAGAGGCAUGACCCCCCAGGAAGCCGCAAGGGAUGCCGUGGUUCGCAUGGUGAAGAAAUAUCCCGCCGUGUCUAGCGGUAUUGUGGUGGUCAACAACAAGGGUGAGCACGGCGGCGCAGGCUCUGGAUGGACCUUCACAUACGCCUAUAGAGGCGGGAACAUGAACAAAACUGAAGUGGUGACUGUGCCUCCGGUGUGCAUGAGUCGGUCACUGACUGUUCAGAUGCCUUAA